CCAUUCCGCCCCCACUUGCUUGGUGUACAUAACAAACAGGCUUAAUUGGCAAUUGGCUAGCGAGUUAAAUGUGCGCGGCAGGCAAUCCCAUUGUGAGUGCGCUCCUCAGGCAGAAUGUGCUCCUGCGAAGCGUGGUCGCCAUCCGGAGCUGGAAUGCCGCCCCACUGUCCAAAUCGAACUCGAGCGCCCAGUGGCAGUCCCGCUCUUUUUCGUCGGCCGUUACUGGGGCUUCUGCUUCCAUUUCCGCUUCCGCUGCAUCUGCCACUGCUCCCGCUCAGAUCUCGCACCCGAAAACAGUGAGUGAUUUCCAAGAGCUCUACGAAGCCACCAAAAAGAAGUUCCAAUCCAAGAAGCUGCCCGUGGACGUACACCCCGACGCGGUGUUUGCCUGCAACGAGCUGGAUCUGAGUGAGGUGCAGGUGUAUGGCUUCGAUUACGACUACACGCUGGCUUGCUACAAGCCGAUCCUGGAGGACCUACUGUACAACCUGGCACGGGAGAUGCUCGUGAAGCGGUUCCGCUACCCAGACGACAUCCUCGAGUUGGAGUAUGAGCCGAACUUUGCAGUGCGCGGUUUGCACUACGAUGUGGAGAAGGGUCUGCUCGUUAAACUGGACAGCUUCCUGCAGCUCCAGCUGGGCUCCGUCUACCGAGGUCGCACCAAAGUCGAGGCGGAUGAGGUGCUGAAGCUGUACCACAACCGUUUGCUACCCAUUGCCUAUGUGGAGGGGCCAAACAAUAGCUAUAGGCACAACACCAACUCCAAAAUGGUACAGCUGGCCGAUCUGUUUUCCGUACCUGAAAUGUGCCUCCUGUGCAAUGUGAUUGAGUAUUUCGAGCGGAAUCGCAUCGACUAUAAUCCCGAGAUUGUUUUCCAUGACGUCAGGACAGCCAUGGGCUCCUGUCAUCCCAUAAUGCACGGAAAGGUGAUGCUGAACACCGAGAAGUACAUCGAGCGUAAUCCCAAGCUGGUCAAGUUUUUUGAGAAGCUGCAGCAGGCGGGCAAGAAUCUCUUUCUGGUCACCAAUAGCCCAUACUCCUUUGUGAACUGUGGAAUGUCCUGGCUGGUGGGCGCUAACUGGCGUGAUUUCUUCGAUGUGGUCAUUGUGCAGGCACGAAAGCCCAAGUUCUUCACUGACGAAUCUCGGCCUAUAAGGCUCUUUGAUGAACGAACCCAGUCCCAUCUUUGGGAUCGCGUUUUCAAGCUUGAAAAGGGUAAAAUUUACUACGAGGGUUCAGUGAGACAGCUGCAGGAGCUCAAGGGCUGGCGGGGUCAUUCUGUUCUCUAUUUCGGGGAUCAUCCUUACAGUGAUUUGGCCGAUGUGACCCUGAAGCACAGCUGGCGGACGGGCGCCAUCAUCAGUGAGCUAGCGCACGAAAUCAAGACCCUGACUGUGGACUUCAAGAUGAGCGCCAACUGGCUGCAAAUGUUAACGCAACUUAUUGAGGAGACACAGGACGACGAGAGUGCGGCCCAAAAGUGCCUCAGGGAUUGGAUGGAUGAGCGGGAUCAGUUGCGCAACAAAACCAAGAACGUAUUCAACGAGCAGUUUGGCAGCGUUUUCCGCACCUAUCACAAUCCUACGUACUUCUCGAGACGCCUCUUCCGCUUUGCCGACAUCUACACUAGUGACAUCACGAACUUGCUCAAGUUCUCCACCACCCACACCUUCUAUCCCCGCCGGGGCGUGAUGCCUCACGAAUAUGCCUCCCACUUCAUCUAAACAAAGGGAUGGAUAGCUCAGCUCAGAUAUUAGUUGUAGGUUAAAAGUGCCAGUGUUAAUUGAUUGUAGCUCGAAACUAGUGAAUUUAUAGCGUGUAUAUCAUCGUUAUUUAAAUUGUUGCUCAAUAAAAUCGUUGUAAUAGUUCAGGAA